AUGACGACCGCAACUACCGCUCAAGAAUCGCGGAGUAUCAUACGCCGUAUCUUCCGUCCGAGGAGAUAUUUCCGGGCGGCCGUGUACAUGUCUUUAGGUGGCUUCCUCAACGGGUACGACACGGGAUCCAUCGGGAGCAUCACAGAGAUGCCCACGUUCCAGACCUCGAUCGCCGUCCUGUCGCCUACCAUGAGAGGUCUUACCGUCUCCUUCUUGCUCUUCAUGGGAGCCAUCCCCUCGCUCUUGGCAGGGCUCCUAGCGGACAAAUACGGCCAUGUGCGUAUAGUUCUGGCCGGGGCCGUCUCCUUCACCAUAGGGGCAGCGCUCGAGGCGGCUUCCAGCGACCUCGCCAUGCUUCUCGUGGGCCGUUCCCUCGUCGGAAUUGGGGAGGGGCUCUAUCUUGGAAACUUGAACGUCUACAUUUGCGAGAUUGCUCCCAGGGCCCGGCGAGGCCAGCUCGUCGCCAUGCCACAGGCUCUGGUCACACUUGGCACCUGUCUGGGCUAUUUCACCUGCUAUGGAACAAUUAGGAUCCCCGGCGAGAUGGCAUGGCGCCUUCCAUUCGUUAUCCAAGCCGCUGGUGGUGCUUUGCUUGCCCUGGCCUGUCUCUUUUUACCGGAGUCCCCGCGAUGGCUCAUGGCCCGCAGCCGGGCGCAGGAGGCUGUGCAUCAUAUGGAGCUUCUAGAUUUCGGACAGGAUGAGAUCCAGCAAGAUUUAAGGGAUAUUCCACAGUUCGACUGGCAUGCGGUCAUGGACAUUUUUCGCAAGAAAUACAGGUUUCGAACUACGCUCGCUCUGUUCAUUCUCGGUAUGGUCCAGCUCUGCGGCAUCGACGGGGUACUUUAUUAUGCCCCGACCCUAUUUGCGCAGGCCGGACUACCAGCUGACACGGCAUCCUUUAUUGCGUCUGGGGUCUCGGCCGUCUUGAUGUUUGCCAUCUCGGUCCCUGCCUUCCUCCUGGCUGACCGGUGGGGUCGACGCACAAUUGUCUUCUGGGGAGGGGUCCUCCUGGCGGGUUCCAUGGCCAUCAUAGGGAGCUUAUAUGCCUCAGAGAGCGUUAUCAGCGGGCAUGGUGCAGGCCGCUGGUUUGUUAUCACGCUGAUCUUUGUCUUCGCCUUGACCUACGUCUCAACAUGGGGCAUCGUGGGCAAAAUUUACGCAAGCGAGAUUCAGCCCGCGCAUACUCGAGCCACGGCAAACGCCCUGGCGCAGGGUUUAAACUUUUUUACGAACUUUCUGACGGCCUUCAUCACUCCUAUAUUCCUGGCCCAAUCGUCUUUUGGUCCCUACUUUCUUUUCGCUGGCCUGACGACCUUCACCUUGGCGGUUCUGUUGAUAUACAUGCCGGAGACCAGGGGCAGGUCACUCGAGUCGAUCUAA